AUGGAAGCUCACGAAGUUGCUCCUGAUGUCGUAGAUGUAGCUCCUGCUGACGUUAUUAAGGUAAGUUUCACUCAAGUUGUACAGGGAGGUAAGAACUUGAAUUGGUUAUCAGCUUCUGAACGGCAGAAUUCAGCUGCAAAGCUUCGCCUGCAGAAGACGCAGAAGAAUAAAAGACGUUUUAUAGUCCACGCUAUAUUGUUGUAUUUCAUUGGGGUCUUAAGAUGUAAAAUAUGCGUAGGCUGACGUUCAAAUGCUGUUUUGAGACAACAGAUUUACGAUAGUGUUGAGUAUUACGUGUAAAGGGUUGAGUGUAGGAAGGGACACAAUUAGUGCACGUUCACUUCCAACCGCACCCGGGGGGCAAGGGGGGGGGGGGGGCAUCUCAUGUGAAGCAUUUUUUGGACCACUUGGGGGUGUUGUUACUAUAUGCUCAUCACUAAAAUUUAUAGUCUCCUUCACAGCCACUCCUGCCGGAGUCUCGUAAUGUUGUCAUGAAGCUUUCUGCAAGCUAUCAGAAACAUAUAGUGUAGUUGAACAAAUCAUCAAAGACAGCAAAACAAUAAUGUUGACAACAGGUUUGUGUGUUAGCCUUCAGGUAGUCAUGUAGCAAUCUUAAUAGAUCUUGUUCUGUCUUUCAUGUGCUUAUAGGUGAAGUAUGGAGACCUGGAAGUCAACAUGGGGAAUGUACUGAAGCCAUCUCAGGUAAAUAUAUGAAUGAAACAAAAAGGGAAAUAUAACCUAAAGAACUACCAAGCUAAUAAUUCAUUUGCGCACCUACCCACCUACUAAUUACAUAACUAUACCCGGCAACUUGAAAUCUUAGGCUACACUCACACGCUACCGGUCAAGUUUUUGACCGACUGAAAAAUUUAACAGGACACUUUGUUUACACAGAACAAUUCAGUGUCUUUCCACUGUUCACACGGGACUGUUGAACCGUAAUAUUAUUUUCCAAGCAAAGUGAGUAAUAACACAACUCAUAAAUCCCAUGCUAGCGAUAUUUGUUUGCAAUUCGGCGGUGUAACCAUGCAUCCAUGCAACCACGCCUUUGCCAUACUGUACAAAAAUUUAACUGGGCACAGUGUUCACACCUUGCUAUUCAAAUUUUUGACCGUACUGACCACAGUUUUAGUGUUCAAAUUUUUGAAUUGCUAGGCAUUCAAAUUUUUAUAUGGUGAACUUGGUUUUGUGUGAAUGGAACACCUAAAGGUAGGAAUUAUUGACCAGUCAAAAAUUUGACCGGUACCUUUUGAACGUAGUGUCAAUGACAGCCCUCAGGUGAUAAAUUUUAAUUCUUUAAAUGGCUUUAAGGAGAAAACAACAAAUAUCUUUAAAACUACAAACAGAUCGAUGCACCAGUUCCCAUUUUCUUUUUAUGGACCUUAAACACCAAAUAUUUUAUAAAUAUUGUGUCCUCAGUUGUGUGCAUAAAUUGUCCAAUCCUUUAAUAAUUAAAAAAGCAUAUAACAAUUAUUGUUAUAUGCUUUUUGGAGUUUUUAAAGCAGACUGCUUAAUUUAUUUGACAGUUCAUGGUCAUCUUGGGUCAAAUUUUGUUGUAGGUGAAAAAUGCUCCCACAUCCAUCUCCUGGCCUGUUGAAGAAGGUGCAUUUUACACUCUUUUGAUGACAGGUAAGGCCGGUUCUUUGAAAGAGGUUAAGAAAGGACAUGCAAAUUUAUGUGAAAUAAAAUAAUAAUUUAUAUUUUUUUGGUGAGUGGGCGAGUGGUGUCUAUUAUGGGGACUGACCUCCUACAUGAUCAGGCAUAAACAACCUAGAGAGUGGGUCCUGAUUUUGUGCAUGGGCAACUGGUAUAUAAGUACUAGGUGUAGAUUCAUUUCCAUUGUUUUCUGUUGUCCUUUGUAGGGUGAGUGUGAUCAUCCGGGUGAUCAUAGUCCUGAAUAGGACUGUUGUUGUUGACACUGACUGAGGUUUCAACAACCUGUGCAGUGGUCAUCUUCAGUGUCAAAAGGGUACUACUGCAAAGGUUGUCAAAACGUCAGUCACUGUCAACAACAACAGAAGUUCACCCGGACAAUCAUACUCAACCUACUUGUGUUCAAAAUUACUCAUGGGCUCCAACCUAUCACCGAUUGUCCUUUAUGUUGUGUAGUACUGUGAUAUGUAGUUUAUGAGAGACAGACUUAUUUCAAAGAAUUCAUGUUAAGUGUGUUCAUGGCUGUGUGGCUAUGCUUACAUUUUGGGUGACAUACGUUUACCAUGAAGGUUUGGGCAACAUAACUUAAGGCAAGAUGACUUGGGGUAACUUGACUGAGUAACUCUUCUCUGUGUUGACAGACCCUGACGCUCCAAGCCGUCACCAUCCUAAGUUCCGUGAAUGGCACCAUUGGCUUGUGGUAAAUAUCCCAGGCUGUGAUGUAAGCAAAGGAGAGGUGAAGCUUGACUAUGUUGGGAGCGGUCCACCCAAAGGAACUAAGCUUCAUCGCUACAUAUUUUUGGCAUACAAACAGCCCGGCAAAAUUACCUACACUGAUGUUGUUGUGUGCAGCAAGUGAGUAUAAAAAGGGUGCUUAAGCAACUACUACGGCGACAGCAGCAAGUACGGCAAAAAAGCCGAUAAGUUUUGGAUCAGCGAAACAACAGCUUUGCACGUGCAUCACACUUUUUUGUACAUUUUUUGCCGUUGUUGCACGACUACGACGUGAAACUUCCUCAUUUCACGGAGUCUUAUAAAGGGAAGUGAACGUGGGAAAACGAUUUAAAUUUUCUUUUUCUAAACUUGGUACAGUGGUCCUUUGGUAUUCAGCUCCACAAAAAUUCGAAACAUCUAACAAAUUAAACGAGAUGGAGUAAGAGCCAGAAGUUUGAAGCAGUGCGAAUUCUUCUUUUUGAUUGUGAAGUUUUGGCUGCCAUUGCCGUCGUACAUGUAGAUGCUAGUUUAAGCACCCUAUGUCCAACUACAGCGUUGCAUAUCAUGUGAUACAAUGCAAAUCGUUUAAUUGACUAGAGCGGGUACUAAAGGCCAGUUUUUUAAACUAUCUGUGAAGGAUAAUUUACUCAAUGAGUACAUGAUCUACGUAACGGUAUAAAGUAACUUUCAAAAAGUAUCCACUCGAUUUUAUAGAACAGUAGAAACACUAGACCUUAUUAUCAGUGCUUGACCCCUUUUACGUUCUUCGUUAUGUAUUACAAUUUAAAAUCCAUACAGUAAUUAGUGUGCAAGUAGCUUACUUUAAGCUCGCUUUAGAAGUAAAAGGUGCCAAAAAAGGGGGCGCACGCGGGCGCCGUUGUUUCGCACAAAUUUCUUCCAAAUCCUCUACGUUCCUCUGAAGAAGGACAGCUCGGGAAACCGGGAAACCUCUAGUCGUUCAAGGGCAGAUCUAGGGGGAGGGUGUAGGGGGUGCGCACCCCCCCCCCAGAUGACCUGCGGUUUUCUAAUACAACUGGUAUUCUGCAAAAAAAAAACUAUGUGGUUUAUUGGUGUCGAAGUAGAGCAAGAGACGAGUGCACCCCCUCCUAAAAAAAAUCCUGGAUCCGCCCCUGUCGUUGAUAUUGUUUACAAAUGUUUGUAAACUUGUCUUGGAUAAAACAGCAGGAUUUUGAUGUCGUCAUUUUGUAUAAAAGGUUUCAAACAUUAGUCUUUUUACCCUGAGUAGCAAUUGCCGGUUUUGUUAGAGCGAAGGGAGAAAUGUCGAGGACAAGCGUGUGCUCUAUAAAAACUAACCAAAAAAAUUAACCGGGGCCCCCAAGCAGGCUAAUUAGUUUUUUUUUUAUUCCUCCCCUCAUUAAAUCUACAAAUCCUAAUAUAUUUCUUUAACACCCAGUUGUCAAAUGAAGUUUAAUCAAAACUUCCAGUUCCUUCGCCGGGAAAAUCACGGCACGUAAAGCAGAGUUCGUAUGAUUCUAUAGUGCCCUAGCCUUCUCCUGUCCCGGUGCUCCCAUCGUGAUUCUUGUGCGCCCGAUUUCCCCCCUCCCUUUCGAAUGAAGGAUACUAUUAGUACCUACAGCGAGCUUUUUAUCCAAGAUCAAACCUUUUCUGGUAUCUGUUCCCUUUCGUAUUAUCUUCCUUUGUGGUUAAUGUUUGUAAAUCCUCUAUUAAGCCCCCAGGGGCCUUAUUUAUUUCAAGCCCAUUUGAGCGGGGCUUAUUUGAGAGGGGGGCUUAUUUAAUUUAGAAAAGACGAUGGUAUCAGUUCUCCAUAAAGAACUAGAAUACAAUGUGGAGAAGUUCAAGAACAUGAAGGUUGGAGGUCAUGCAGCCGAGGAUCAGAAUCAAAUCCGAACUUCCAGUUGGUAAAUAAACCAUCCCGGAUCAGUCCACACGAAGUUUACCGUUGUCAUUUAUUAGUGAAGAAUAUUUAGGAAAGGGGAAUUAAUAGAGGAUUUAGGCGGUAUAUGGUUUGGUUUGAGAACACUCAGUAGUCUUUUUUAACAAAACACUGAAAUUAUUCCUUACUUUCCAUUAAUUUUUCUCCUCAACACGUUGUUUUUGACAGAAAAAACGUACUUUCUUUUUAGGCCUGGCUUUGAGCGGGGAUCGCGGAAAGCUCGUGAUCUAUCCUCAAAGUACAAUCUUGGUAAUCCUGUGGCAGGGAAUCUCUUCCAAGCUGAACACGAAUGAAGACGAGAAGCACCAUGAAGCACCACCGCCCCGCGUUGAACACAGGGAACCUUAGUUUAUCGAUAGACGAUAGGUAUGAGGAUAGAGAUAAGAUCUGCCGGCGACGUUAAAUUCAGCUAGUUUCAAACGUUCACGUAAUCCAUUGCCUUAUCAGCUCUGAUGUAGUGUGCGAAAUCGUUUUCACAGACUCAGAACUAGUUGUGCUGCCGAUGAAAACUAGUUUAAGCUCUAAAUCGUUGUUUCAGAUAUUUCUCAAGUAAAGAGUGUUUUACUGAGA